CGGACAAUCCAGCCGGCAGCCUCCUGGCACCAGAGACCCUUCACAGAGACCAGACAUGCGCGCCGCACGCGCGCUGUGCGGGUUGCUGCUCGCGCUGGCCGCAGGCGCCGCGGGGGAGCUGAGUCUGGACCAGUUGGACGCUGUGCGCAGCUUCGUCACGAGGCUGGUGGGCAGCUCCGGGUCGCCCGCUGCAGUCCGCCGCAGCAUGCAGGGAGCCGGCAGCCCGCGGGAGCGCCUGCUGCCCACCGCGCCCAAGGAGAGGUUCCAGACGUGGCUGGAGCCGGAGCGACAGUUCCCCUGUGCCCUGGAGAAGGCUCGCUCACCCCAGAGGCCCUUCAGCGUGCACAGGCUGCGCCCGGGCGACGUGGACCUGGUGGCCGCCAUGGGCGACAGCCUCACCUCCGGCAACGGCGUCUUGGCUGCUAACCUGCUGCAGGUGGCCGUCGAGAACCGCGGCAUGUCUUGGAGCAUCGGCGGGCAGGCCUCGUGGAGGCAGUUCCUGACGCUGCCCAACAUCCUGAAGGAGCUGAACCCGGCGCUCCUGGGCUACUCCGAGUGCGACACCUGGAGCCACAAGCGCGAGUCGCAGCUCAACGUAGCCGAGGGCGCGGCCAUGGUGCGAGACAUGCCCCACCAGGCGCGGCUGCUCGUCAAGAGGAUCGCCUCGGACCCCAGGAUGGACCUGCACAGGGACUGGAAGCUGGUGACGAUGAUGAUCGGCAACAACGACAUCUGCUCGGAGAUGUGCACGUACAGCAACCUGACGGACAUGGUCCGGCAGCAUCGCGCAAACAUCACCGCGGCCCUGGACUACCUCGCCGCCCGCCUGCCGCGCAGCCUGGUGGCGCUGGUGCCGCCGCCUGACCUGAUGCUGCUCACGAGGAUAGACGUGCAGUCCUGGCUGUGCUGGCUCACUCGCCGCGUCGAGUGCACCUGCCUGUUCUCCGACCGCUUCCGGGACCAGCUGCCGUGGUUCCAGCAGACCAUCCUCCAGCUGCAGGCCGCGCAGAUGCAGCUGGUCGACUCGGGUCGCUACGAGCGGGAGGACUUCGCAGUGGUGGUGCAGCCCUUCACUCUGGGGGUUAAGAUGCCCCUGGUCAACGAUACUGGCGCCACCGACCUCGCCUACAUGUCCCCAGACUGCUUCCACCUCAGCCAGAAGAGCCACGCCCGAGCGGCGAACGCGCUCUGGAACAACCUGCUGGAGCCAGUAGGCGCCAAGACGGAGGGCUGGAGCCCCACCUUCGAGCGCUUCCUGUGUCCCUCCGAGCAGCGGCCCUUCUUCCGCACGAGGACCAACAGCAGGACGUGACCUCCUGACCCUGCGGUCUCCUCCACUCUGAGGCCUCGUGCGGAGCUCUGCUGGGUCGGAACAUGCACUAGUGAGGGAUUGCGCAGAGCAACCUUCACUGGCCCAGCACACAGCGUUUUUGACGGCACGCCUAGCUUGGAGGCUUUAGCAUUCAUUGCCCGUUUUUAGUGUAGUUGUUGAAAGGUGGUCAAUAGUGAACAAACUGUGAGAAAACAUUUACCAAAGAAACUUUAACAGAACAACUCUGUUAUAAAUUUACGCCAUACCCUUUUGUGGCCAGAGCCCUGAAAACGGCAUAUUUUGGUUUCCAUACGAGUACAUUUUUCUGAGUUUGAAACAACCGGUAUGUUCUUGGUGAUACUGCAUGCUCAAAUGGCAUGCCCGCAAGUCGCAAAGAACUACGUGAAGAAGUGAAUGAGUGAAUUAAACUAUAAAAGUUCGUCUAUAUCGUAGACACAAGAAAAUUUACUCAAAAAGAAGCUACAAUAUAAUUUUUUAGGGUGGGGGAGAGUGGUAUUAAACAUAAGUACCCUAGUCUAAUUCCUCCGCCGGAAAAACCAAGAACGCCCUCACCAGCGAUCCAGAGCGCGUAGUUUCGGUGAAAAGCAAGUGACCGGACCAGAAACCACUGUGGCUGAACGGCAAGACGCUAUACUGUAACCAGACAUAAACUUAUAAGUAGGGACCGGAAAAAUUCGCGGGUUCAAUGACCUGUAGGAUGAACUCCAUAGUUCUACGUACACUCGGUCAAAUGUGACCCACUCAUUGGCUGCUGUCUUGUGAGACGUCCCAACGUAGCAGCCUGUGAUUCGAUACAGCUUUGGUUGUGUGUUUCUCAUUGGCCCAGAGUCGUCUAGGUGAGUUGUGAGCCAAUAACAGAGGCUGCAUUGAGGUAUAACUAUUUGUAUUUUAGCCUAUCGCGAAAUGAACUCGCGAAUUUUUCCUGUCUCUACUUAUAAGCUGUAGGUCGAGCCUUAAAAUAAACGUUCCAUAAGAUAACAUUAGGUGAGACAGAUAAGUAAGUCUGGAAAUGCAUAUAUGUAAAGCAUAAAUGUUCAUGCUUAAGAGAUCGCUAUGCUAUUGUGCUGAUGCAUACACAUAUUUUUCAUUUUAUAUCCUUCAGUAUUCCUACUACAUAUUAACAUAAAGUUAUGUUUAUGUAUUCAUUAGCAUUGAAACUGAACUGAUUAAUAAUAAACAUUUAUAUUUUUAACUCAAUGAUUUAUUGUAGGUAUGUAAGUAAAAUAAAAUAUUUAUCUACGUG